AAGUAAAUUUUUAAUUCGACUAGACUAAAAUGAAACAGAAAUAAAUAAUUUAAUGCGAGCUGUACGCAUUAUACUUAAAUAAGCAUUAACGAAAUUACAUUUAUACUUGAACGUGAACCUUCGUACUUUCAAAAAGAACAGAAGCAAAUACAAUUUUAUCGUAGAAUUUUAAAAUGUGCUGAGUUAAUGUAAAAUAAAAAAUGCAAAUAUUUCGAAAUGUUCAUUGUACGCUUAAAUCAGAGUUUGGAAAUUACUUCAUUCGAAAUUUUGGAGAUAGUACUGGAAUAGAUCUCCAAGUGCGCGGUAGUGAGCAGCAAGGAAAAGAAAAAUACGAAAAAAAGUUUAAUAAGGAUACCAAAAAGUGCUUGAAGGUAUCUCAGGAGCGUAGUGAGUAAGCGUUUUAGGAUUUUCAGAUAAGAUUUCAAAAAAGUGGGGAGAUAAUAAAAUACUUCAAAAUGAUUCACGACUUCUACGCGGAUGCGGAGGUAUUUGUAACGGGCGGUUCGGGCGCCGUUGGUAAAGCCUUGAUUGAGAAGCUGUUGCGCUCCUGUGAUGUGCGUAAAGUCUACCUACUGCUGCGUACCAAGAAGAAUCUCAGUGUUGAGCAACGUUUAAAAAAACUAAAGCAGGCGAAGAUCUUUAAAGUAUUGCACGCCACGAAGCCACAUAUGUUCGAUCGACUUAUACCGAUAACAGGCGAUGCAGCAUUAUCGAAUUUAGGUAUUUCGUCAGAGCAUAUUGCUCUAAUGGCGAAUGUUUCGGUCGUUUUUCAUUGUGCAGCGACUGUGCGCUUUGAUGAACCGUUACCCGUUGCUUUGAAGCUAAAUGUGGGCGCCACUUAUGAGGCUUUGCUGUUCGCUGAGCAGCUGAAGAACUUGAAAAUGUUUAUGCAUGUCUCAACGUUUUACAGUAAUCCAUAUUUGAAGCGCGUAGAACCGAAGCUUUACGAUUCGCCAUUAGAUUGGCGCAUGUGCUUGAAGCUAAUGAAGGAUGAUAGCAAGCGAGAUACUUUGGAUUAUUUAACGAAAAAACUCAUAAUUGGCUUCCCGAACACCUACACUUUUACGAAGAAUCUCGCCGAAAGUGUGGUUAAUGACUUUCGGGAACGUUUGCCGGUUGCUAUAUAUAGACCGUCUAUAGUUCUUCAUGCACUCUCUGACCCCAUACCCGGUUAUCCACCCACCUUGAUGGGGGCUAUGGGUCUCUUCGUACUUGUCGGCGCUGGCAUACUGAAAACGGUCUUUUUGUCGUAUUCAACACGGUUUGACAUAACACCACAAGAUAUCGGCAUCAAAACAAUGCUGUACUAUGCCGCUCGUGCCGGAAAUGAAUAUGCGCAGAAAAAAGCAAUUGCAGAAGCGCCCGUGUAUAUGUCCUCAUCAUCGAAACACUCAAGUCACACCUUCGUCCAGAUGUGUCAGGUUAUGGAGAAAGGCUUGUGGUAUGAGGCGGCGUUUGAAAAGAAUUUCAUGUUGCCUACUGGCCAUUACACAGACAGUCGUUUUGUGUACAAAUUCUUGGUCUUCACCAAGCAAAUACUGCCUGCUAUGCUGGCUGACGGUUUAAUUAUGCUUUCUGGCCGUAAACCGGUACUUAUGGGUAUUGUACGUAAGGCCUAUAUCUCUUUAGAGGUUAUGAAACCAUUUCUCUUUAACACCUACGAUAGUCCGGGCAUGACACAUUUAGAAGAGUUGACGGAGGCAACAAAAGGCACCGAAUUCGAUCUUCUCCCUGAUAUCUCACGCGCCAAAACCGACGAAGGACUCCUUGAAAUUUGCACAACCAUGAUUUUUUCAAUUCGUGAAUAUUUGUUAAAUGAGGAUCCAAAGACUAUUCCGAUUGCGCAGAAGAGAUUGAGAAUCAAGCGUUUGGUCUAUAAUAUUCUACGUGCUAUUAUAUUCUACUACAUUUUGCGUUGGUUUUAUGGCUUUUUGCUCAACUAUAUUGAAGGACCUACUGCACAAUGAUUACUCGAUAUCAGCUAACUUAGCUAUAUAUGGUCUUGUACACCACUUAUAAACCGAUAUAAGACUUUUGAAAUCAGCUUUUCUCCUGCGUAGACUAAAUUGUAACAAUUUUGUGGGUUAUUUAUAGCGUUGCUUAUAGCUAUUUAAAGCUCAAACAAAUCUGGUAAUAAAAUAUUAAAUAAAUUCGUUUUUACAUAAA